AUGCUCUCUUAUUUCAGAGAGAACAAACUCGAAAUUCUUCAACUUCCCCCAACAGCAUUCAGCGAACUUCUCCGCUCCGUCGACCCCGUCGAAGCCAUUCGCAAAGACCAAGAUCCGUUGGGAGACAUAUGGGUCGACCCAGCCAUGGCCGAUUGGUCCCCCUUGGGGGCUCUGGUCAAUAAUUACGGCGUCAGAAAAAGAAACACCGAGAUUUACCCCCUCGUUCACGAAGCUGCCUUUCGUCGAUUCCGCUCGGGUUCGCCCCUUCUCUUGUCCGACUACAAGGUCCUGCUGCGAUACGCCGGAUCGAUUUCGGACCCCCUCUUGGCCCGCAAGAUCUGGUUCCACAUGAACGUCUCUGAAAAGAUGUGGGAGCGCCAGACGGACCUGUAUGCCGAAUUUCUCAAGGCCCGAUUCUUGACGGAACCGUUGUACACCCAACACAACCGGCACGACUUCCGCGUCAAGCCUGUAAACCUGUUUCCCGAGAAGAGGUUUCUGCCGUACUUCACGCCUGAUAACUUGUCUCAGCUGCGACAGAUGAACUUUGACGAGACCAACAAGCGGCUGGACAGGUUUGGGCAGAAUCCUGGCGCAGAGCACAAGGUGGAUUACCUGAUGAGGAUGUUACGGCGGACUUCACCCGUCGAUCUCGUCUUUGGCACCGCGCGAAACCGGUUACAUCUACUGUCAGAAGAGUUCGUCUGCGCUGCUCUCAUCGCCUACGCCAGGACAGGAGUACUGGAAGACGUACAGUCCGUUCUAUACUUUAACUACAAGAUUGAUGUCUCUGGCUCCAUCGAAACCGGCGACUUGAAGAUCACCGGCGGGCGGCGAGACUUUCUGCCUGGCUCGCCCAUGGCUCCUACCACCCGUCUUUUACAGACAAUCGCCACCUGUUAUGGGUCGAACGGCAUGAUAGCCAUGGCGUGCAAGAUGCUCGAUCACGUUUCUGCCGUAUACCGCCUGCCGAUCCCCUCAUCAGUCUGGUUUGAACUGCUAGAAUGGGCCUACAUCCACACCUCGCCCCGGGCAGCACAAGAGUGGAAGAUCGUUUCGAUCCCCGGCCACCGACUACACCGCAACGCAGUUCAACUAAUCUGGGACACUAUGACCUCCCCUCCUUACAACGCCACACCCGGCUUCCCGCAAUACAAAAUCUACGUCGAAUGGCUGAUCAAAAACAACAAGAUCGAGCGCGCCAUACAAAUCAUGCUCGACCUCGAACCUCUCUACCGCAAGCAAGUGGAAGAGCUACAAUCCCUCUACCCCUUGCACGCUCUCGACCAAGCAGCCUUCAGCCACUCUCCAGCGCACGACACCCUCCUCUGGGAGCAAACCCUGCUUCGGAAAGACUACAUCGUCCACACCUUUGCCAAGUGGUUCUCCCUCCUCUUCAAGCGCAUAAAAUCCCCCGUCCACCUCCCCGGCCCUAACAAACCCGCGACCAAGGUCAAGAUCUUCCCCUCCCACGACAUCUCCACCCGUCUGAUCCCGCAACUCAUCCAUGCCUUCCCAGGCCUCUUGCCCGAUACGAUCCACUACGAGAUUCCCACGGGCGUAGUGCGUUUUAAGCGCGGGGUGGGAGCGCCGCAGGGGUUCAGAGCGGAAAAGAGGUGGACCGAAGUCCGCAAGGCGGCGGUGGUGAGUAUGGAUUUGAGGCCGGAAACUGCGAGGGGGUUCAAUCGACUGAGAGAACAGAGUUUGGACCUUCUCAAUGGGGAGAAGUUGCAGAGGGCGGCGGGCGAGACGAUGGAGACGUUGAGGCCGAGGGCGGUGAAGAGGGAAGGUUUGGAGCAGUUGGUGGAGGAGAUACUAGGGAUGGAUGAGAUGGCACGGAGGGAGAGGGAAGAGGAACAGAGGCAGAUCGAGCAAGGUGUGAUGAGUGAGAUACCCGAAGAGCGCAUGUUUUUCUAA